AUGACGUUUCAUAUUUCAUCUCCUGUUAAAAAAAUCUUCAUAUCCUUCUUUGUAUUUGGAACUUUAAAUAAUAUUCUUUAUGUUAUAAUAUUAUCUGCAGCUAUUGAUUUAGUUGGUUCUUCAACUCCAAAAGCUACUGUUUUAUUAGCAGAUGUUUUACCAUCAUUUUUAUUUAAAUUCAUAUCACCAUUUGUUAUUCAUUUAAUAUCAUAUCAAAAUAGAUUAUAUUCUUUAGUCGGUUUAUCCACUUUGGGAAUGUUAUUAAUAUCAUUGACUACAACAAAUAUGAUUGGAUUAAAGAUUUUUGGAAUAAUGUUGGCUUCAUUAUCAUCUGGUAUGGGAGAAGUUAGCUUUUUACAAUUGACUCAUUACUAUAGUAGUAAUGAGAAUUCCAUUAGUGGUUGGAGUAGUGGGACUGGAGCUGCUGGACUUUUAGGAAGUUUUUUGUUCAUGAUAACCACAAAUUUAAUUGGGAUUCCAGUUUGGAUAGUAUUAUUAACAUUCGCAAUUAUGCCACUGGGUUUUUUAGUAGUAUAUUAUUACUUAUUGCCCAAGCCAUCACAUGAAUAUCAUGAAAUCAAUGAUGAUAGUUUGAUGGUGGAAGCUGAGGAAGUUAAUGAUGAAACUGAAGGAAUAUAUGAAAACAAACUAAACGUUAAUAAUUUGAGUCAACAUUUCAAUCAUACAUUUAACAAAAUAAAACCGUUGAUUAUUCCAUUCAUGCUACCUUUGACAACUGUUUACAUUUCAGAGUAUGUAAUAAAUCAAGGUAUAUCACCAACUUUAUUAUUUCCAUUAGAUGAAUUACCUCAUUGGUUGUUUUCAAGUUACAGAGAUAUUUACGUCGUGUAUGGUUUCUUAUAUCAAUUGGGAGUUUUCAUUUCUAGAUCAUCAAUAUCCUUUGGUUUAAGGAUUAGAAAAUUAUAUCUAUUAUCAAUAUUACAAUUUUUGAAUGUCGUAAUUACCGUUUUUCAAUCAGUAUAUGAUAUACCAUUCACUAAAAUUUGGUUGUUAUUAAUUUUAAUAUUUUAUGAAGGCUUAUUAGGUGGAUUCUCAUACGUAAACACUUUUAUGUCAGUGAGUGAAGAAGUACCGAAAAGUAAUAGAGAAUUCAGUAUGGGCUCGGUAAGUAUAAGUGAUGGAUUAGGGAUAGUUUUGGCUGGAUGUAUCAACUGGUGGUUAGAACCUAAAUUAUGUGGGUUACAAGUUGAUAGAGGUAGAGACUGGUGUCUCAAAGGUGGAUCUGUAUAA